CAUAAUCUCAUCACUUUCGUGGAAACUACCAAGGGAGUAAGCAGAGUAUAGAGUGCUGACAUCAUUGCUCUGGCUCUCUAAUUUUCCUUUUGCUUUUGUCUUUUUACAUACAUGGACACAAAGGUCCUAUCCACAGGGGUUCGCUACUCAAGCUUGCCGGAAAGCUAUGUACGGCCAGUAUCCGACCGACCCCGGCUAUCCGAAGUAUCCAGUUGCGAGGAUGUUCCAAUCAUCGACUUGGGCUGUGAGGAUAGGCCCCAAAUCGUCAAACAAAUUGGCGAUGCCUGCAAGUCGUAUGGAUUUUUCCAGGUGGUCAAUCACGGCGUGUCUUCGGAGGCAGUGGACAAGAUGUUAGAGGUGGCUCAUGACUUCUUUAGUCUGUCGGUGGAGGAGAAGCUCAAGUUGUACUCAGAUGACCCGUCAAAGACAAUGAGACUUUCCACCAGUUUUAAUGUGAAGAAGGAGAAGGUUCACAACUGGAGAGACUACCUUCGACUCCAUUGUUAUCCUUUGGAAAAGUUUGUGCCUGAGUGGCCUUCCACUCCCUCUGCCUUCAAGGAAGUUGUGAGUAAUUACUGCAUGGAAGUUCGACAACUUGGGUUCAGAUUAGAGGAACUCAUAGCAGAGAGCUUAGGCGUGGAAAGGGACUGCAUAAAGAACAUCUUGGGAGAGCAAGGACAGCAUAUGGCUGUGAACUAUUACCCACCUUGUCCGGAACCUGAACUAACAUAUGGAUUGCCAGGCCAUACUGAUCCCAAUGCCCUCACAAUUCUACUUCAAGACCUUCAAGUAACAGGCCUUCAGGUCCUCAAAGACGGCAAGUGGCUUGCUGUUAAUCCUCACCCAAAUGCAUUUGUCAUCAACAUUGGCGAUCAGUUGCAGGCAGUGAGUAAUGGGGUGUAUAAGAGUGUUUGGCACCGAGCUAUAGUCAAUGCUGACAACCCAAGGAUGUCAAUAGCUUCAUUCUUCUGCCCAUCCGACGAUGCGUUAGUCAAAGCCCCGAAUUCACUGACGGAUGAUGGAUCAGCAGCUACAUACAGGGGUUUCACAUAUGCAGAGUACUACCAGAAGUUUUGGAGUAGGGACUUGGAAAAAGAACAUUGUUUGGAACUUUUCAAGAAUAAGUAGCCUUAGUGCGCGUAGUCAUCAACCAUUUUUUUCCUACUAUUAUAGCAUUGUUCUUGUCGCAGAUGAAGUGCCAGCAGAGGGCCACAACCAUCUUUUUUCUUAAGAAAAGCUCAAUGGCAGCAUGGUUGAAAUGCUCCCACACUGCCAUCAAUUCAUUUCUUAAGUAAAUGGGUAUAUGUGUGGGGCAUUUCAGUUUACUUAAGAAGUAAGUUGAUGCCAGUGUUUGGCCAUUUAAGCCAUGCUGCCAUUGAGCUUUUCUUAACAAAAUCAUGGCAGUGGAGCUUUGCAAUUCAUUUGCGACAAGAAAAGUAUGUAAGAAAUCAAUGUGUUCCUAUACCACAUUUAAUAGUUGUAACGGUAAUGGCUAAAUAAUUACUGGAACGAUAAUUAUAAUAAUUGUAUUCAAUAUGAUUUAAACGUUUUUUAUAUUCCA